GGGGAGGGUGGGGGGGUAAUGGAUCCGGGACUGCCAGUCCCCCGGGACCGGAAGGAGGCCGCCUAGGGGCUGGGGCCUAGGGGCUGGGACCUGGCGCCUCUGUCCGGUCCUCCCGCAGGGCGGGGAGGGACCUUAGAGGCCCGAUAAAGGGGCUCCCCGCUCCUCGCCUGCCAUUGUCCUGUGGAUUUCAUCCCCGGACCCAUGACCUGUAGGCCCAGGUCCGACCGUCCCCACCCAGGAUUCAAGGAAGUGACUCUGCCCCUGGCCCCCGGGGCCCCGGCUCAGCCCAUCUUCGCCCAGAAGCCCGAGGGAGCCCGAGGGCGGCGCGGCAGGAGACGCGGUCCGGGCCCCCUCUGAGCCCAGCCCCUGGACCGGACGGGGCCCGAGUCAGAACUCGGCUAACGUCGGACUCAGAGCGCGAGCCUUGGGGACCAAAGACCAUGGAGGAGGACUUGGGGGCCGGAACCCCCGAGGUCCGAGGGAUCAGGGACGCAAAGCGUGACCCGGGGGCCCCUGGGACGGAAAAGUGGGAUUCCCCAAACCCGAAGAACCCGAGCUGCGGGAGCACCGGGGACGUGGGCUCUGGCAACAGCGCGGACGGCGAGAGCCCCGAGGACAGCGCCGAAGCGAACCACCCCAACCACGGCGUCCCAGAAGACCCCGGGCAGCUGAUGGCGGCCUACGAGGGCACGGCCGUGGGCCACCAGGUGCCUCCGUUCGGCUGGCGCAUCUGCUUGGCGCACGAGUUCCCCGAGAAGAGGAAGCCUUUCAACGCCAACAACGUCUCCCUGAGCAACACGCUGAAGCACCUGGGCAUGGGCUUCAGGUAUCUUAAAUGGUGGUACCAGAAGACACAGGUGGAGAAGAAGACUCCAUUCAUAGACAUGUUAAACUGCCUUCCCCUGAGACAAAUCUAUGGUUGUCCACUGGGUGGUAUUGGAGGUGGUACCAUCACUCGUGGCUGGAGGGGCCAGUUCUGUCGCUGGCAGCUCAACCCUGGGAUAUACCAGCACCGAACAGUAAUGGCUGACCAGUUCACUGUAUGCCUGCGGCGGGAAGGACAGACUGUGUACCAGCAAGUACUGUCCCUAGAGCGUCCCAAUGUCCUGCGGAGUUGGAACUGGGGCCUAUGUGGAUUCUUUGCAUUUUAUCAUGCUCUCUACCCCAGAGCUUGGACUGUCUACCAACUACCUGGGCAGCAAGUCACACUGACCUGUCUCCAGAUCACUCCCAUCCUCCCUCAUGACUAUCAGGACAGCAGCCUACCUGUGGGGGUAUUUGUGUGGAAUGUGGAGAACACUGGUGAUGAAGAUUUGGAAGUAUCUAUCAUGUUCUCCAUGAGGAAUGGCCUAGGAGGUGGACAUGAUAAUUUAGGAGGGCUAUGGAAUGAACCCUUUUGCUUAGAGCGUGAUGGGGAAACUGUUCAGGGAGUGUUGUUACAUCAUCCAAACCCUCCAAACCCAUACACCAUGGCCUUGGCUGCCCGACGCACGGCAAAUACCACAGUGACUCAUAUCACAGCCUUUGACCCUGAUGGCACUGGACAGAAGGUGUGGCAGGACUUGCUCCUGGAUGGACAAUUGGACUCCCCACUUGGCCCCAGCCCCCCAACCCAAAAGAGACAGGGCAUAGGCGGAGCUGUAUGUGCAGGGGCCCAUUUGCCUCGAAGAGGCAGAUGCCAGCUGGAAUUUGCAUUGUCCUGGGACAUGCCUAAAGUUCUUUUUGGAGCUAAGGGCCAAGCCCACUACAGGAGAUACACUCGGUUCUUUGGCCAAGAAGGAAAUGCAGCUCCAGCCCUCUGUCAUUAUGCACUCACCCAGUACAGAUCCUGGGAGGAGAAAAUUAUAGCAUGGCAGAGCCCUGUGCUGGAGGACAGGACCCUUCCUGCCUGGUAUAAGUCUGCACUUUUCAACGAAUUAUACUUCCUGGCUGAUGGAGGUACUGUGUGGCUGGAGGUUACAGAAGAAACAAUCACAGAGGAGUUCAGUGGAAUGCUAAACCAGCUUCGACCUACCCUCCAGGAAUAUGGACGCUUCGCCUACCUUGAGGGAGCUAAAGGUUCAGAGCACUACUGGGAGGAUUUGGAAGUAUGCUCACCCAGGGACAUUCAGAGACUCUUCCUCCCAGGACAGGAGUACCACAUGUACAACACAUAUGAUGUCCACUUCUAUGCCUCCUUUGCCCUCAUCAUGUUGUGGCCCAAACUCGAGCUCAGCCUCCAGUAUGACAUGGCUGUAGCAACUCUGAGUGAAGACCUAACACGAAGAAAAUAUCUGAUGAGUGGUGUGAUAGCUCCUGUGAAGAAGAAGAACGUGAUUCCCCAUGAUGUGGGGGACCCAGAUGAUGAGCCAUGGCUUCGUAUCAAUGCUUACCUAAUUCAUGACACAGCUGAUUGGAAGGACCUGAACCUGAAGUUUGUGCUACAGAUUUAUCGGGACUUUUACCUGACAGGCAAUGAGAGCUUCUUGAGGGACAUGUGGCCUGUGUGCCAGGCUGUAAUGGAAUCUGAGAUGAAGUUUGACAAGGACCAAGAUGGCUUAAUUGAGAAUGGAGGUUAUGCAGAUCAGACAUACGAUGGAUGGAUCACCACAGGACCCAGUGCCUACUGUGGUGGUCUGUGGCUGGCAGCCGUGGCUGUGAUGGUCCAAAUGGCUGCUGUGUGUGGAGCUCAAGAUGUCCAGGAGAAGUUCUUAUCCAUCCUGAGCCGAGGUCGGGAGGCUUACGAGAGGCUUCUCUGGAAUGGCCGUUACUAUAACUACGACAGCAGCUCCCAGCCACAAUCCCGCAUUAUCAUGUCAGAUCAAUGUGCUGGUCAGUGGUUCCUGAGAGCAUGUGGACUAGGAAAGGGGGAUACAGAGGUAUUCCCUUCCGCCCAUGUAAUUCGAGCUCUCCAAACAAUCUUUGAACUGAAUGUCCAGGGCUUUGCAGGCGGAGCCAUGGGAGCUGUGAAUGGCAUGCAUCCAGAUGGUGUCCCUGACACAUCCAGUGUCCAGUCUGAUGAGGUCUGGGUAGGUGUGGUCUACGGGCUGGCUGCUACCAUGAUCCAAGAGGGCCUGGUUCAAGAGGGUUUCCUUACAGCUGAGGGCUGCUACCGCACUGUGUGGGAACGGCUGGGUAUGGCAUUCCAGACACCUGAGGCAUAUUGCCAGCGCCGAGUGUUCCGUUCCCUUGCAUACAUGCGACCACUCAGCAUCUGGGCAAUGCAGCUGGCAUUGCAGCAACAUGGCAGAGCCCCUGGGCAAGGCAUGGGACUGACUGGACACACAAGCAGAGAGAGCAUGAGAGUGACAACUGGACAGAACUCUGUACCAGCUGAUGGACUUGAUACCAAGUCGAAAGCCAGAGCAGACCUGGGACAGAAGGGACUCCUGGAUACAGUUUAGUGAAGGAAGCUGGAGACAUUGAUGUGCAUCUUCCCCCUCCCCAUCUGCAACCCUGAGCCAUCAGGACAAUCACUUACCACCCACUUCCCCUAGCAGAGCCUUGGGGGUGGGAAAGACAAGCACCACAAUCACUUAUUUAUUUCCCCUUCCUCCACUCCCCAAUUCUUUGCUGCAUGGAAUGCUAACAAAGGUUCAGCUACUCCCCUCCCUACCCCUAUGCCCUGAGCCAGACCCCUCACCCAAAAGUGGGUGGGGAAGUGGGCAUAGCUAUACAAAUAAAAGACCCAAAAAACCCA